GCCCCCGCCGCAGCCCCGAGCCCGCCGGGAUGGAGCGGUCGCGGUCGCUGGGGCCGGCGCUGCCGCCCUACGAGCAGCUGGCGGAGGGGCUGGACAUGGAGGGGCUGCCGCGGAGCACCGUGGUGUCGCUGGAGCCGCCCGCCGCCCCCCCCCGCGACCACCUGGCCUGGUCCCUCUGCACGGCGCUGUACGCCAACGUCUGCUGCCUGGGCUUCAUGGCGCUCGUCUUCUCCGUGAAGUCCAGGGACCGCAAAGUCCUCGGCGACUACAGCGGAGCGCUCAGCUACGGCUCCACCGCCAAGUACCUGAACAUCACCGCCCUGCUGCUCAACGUCUUCCUCGUCGCCCUUGUCAUCGCCCUGAUCGCUACCGGCACCAUCGCCGUGGUGAACAUCUUCAACCAGGAGCAUCAUUCCUUCGUCGGCCCCACUUAGCCCUUCCUUUGCUCCGCAGGCAGAGCAUCCUCCCCUACGUCUGCUAGGAGCCCCCGUCACCCCUCGGAGCGGGGGGGGAUGUCCUCCCUGCGGCCCCCCGGAGCCCGCUGGCGUCCUGUCCCGCUUUCCUCGCUGCUUAAAGCCCCUACGGAGCCCUCUCUGAUGGCCGCCCUCGUUGGCCUCCCUGAAGUGCCUCGAGACACCUCUCCUCUGGCAGCAGCUGAGCACUCAAAAACUGGCUGUAGCAAAGGGAAAGAGCGUGCUUUUCUGCUUGCCGCUUCGCUCUGAUUUUGUAGCCCCAGGUGCCUCUAAGAAUAAUCCUGAGAAGUGCCUCAUUCAGAGAAAACCUGGUUCAAAUAAAGGUUUCUUUCACUUUUG